AUGGCUUCGCCCUCUGGAGCCCGGUCCGCCGGGCAAAAGAAAGUCGUGACAUACGGAGCAUCGUCUCGAAAGAAGCCACAUCCGCCAGGCAAAUCCAUAGUCGACAGCAAUAGCCACAUUGCUCGUCGCAUGCAGACCUUGCCUUCUGCCGGCAUUAUGGGAGACCUGGGCCCGAACGAGCUUGGCUCAUCAGUCUCGCCCAUUCGACACGCGCACCUCGAUGCAUCGCCGAUACGAAGCGGGGAUGGCGCAAAGAGAGCUAGUGAUGGACGGAAAAGGGACCAUGCCACGGCGUUCGGUGCCAAGGGAGGCCCAAAGCAACCAGCAUCGCUCAAUCCAGAGAAGGCAGUCAUUUCAAAAUCCCGUACCGAGACCAUCGCGACUGUCGUCGGCAAGGACGCUCGAAAGAUGAGCAGCAAGUCUCCGAUCAACAAAGACGACAAAUCAGUCAAACGUUUACAUCCGACCGCCCAUCGCGACCGUGACAUGGACGACAGCUGGGCAGGCCCACGCGCAAGACACAAUGAGAUCCCCGCAAGGCCGGCAGGGGCAGGGGCCAGCACCCCAACGACGACCCGGCGUCGCCGCCUGAUAGAUACUCUCGCUGCCCAGCGAGACGUGACUCCUGAAAAUGAAGAGGGUCUUGGUGAGGCCGCUAGCCCGUCCCUGGCGCGUCGCUCUAUCGCCGACCAGGACUCACGACUACAGGAAACCGAUCGGAGGAGUGGCACGCCUGCGAGCAGCAGAAUCAAGUUCACAUACAGCCAGGCCAGAAGUACGCUCAGCGAAUCGCAGAAGCAGGAGGACCUGGCAGAGACGCCGUUACUAGGCGGGGAAGACGACGGUAUAGCGUCCGAAGCCCGUGGCCCGUCCAGUCCCUUGGCGCCGCCAUCAUUCGGAUUCGAUGAUCUGCCUGACGACGAAGAAACACAGCCCGCUAUCAAGAGCGUACACGAACUGCGCCGUGCCGGCGCGAACCACCGGGUUUCAGACGAGAUGGAUGACCUGUUGGGGAGGAUUGGAAACCCCGAAGGGGCAUCUCGGACAAUGAGGAGGAACGCGCUGUGUGAACUGGCGCAUCGGCUGCAACGGGAGAGCUUUGCGGUCAAGUUUCGCGACCACCCCUCUCGCGACAAUGUCGCCAAGGGUGUCGGCAAUGAAAAGGACCCGACAAGCGCAUUUGCUUUGGCGGCGGCCGUAGUCGUCUUACUCGAUCGCGGGCCGGCACCGUACCUCGAACGUCGACUCUGCGAUCAAGGACUGGGGAGACUGCUUGGCCGGCUUCUGCAACAAGAUGGAGAUAUCGAUGUCAUCGCGUCGCAGAUAAAAGCCAAUGUACCAGGGAUGACAAGGGCCUCUCUGCGUGAAGUCAAGAACGACCUGCUCCAGAUGCACAUCUGGCACGGGACAGCACCACGUCGGCUAUGCCCCCGUACUCUCGGCUUGCGGCUCCUCGAGACUUUGUCUAGGUGCUCGGAACACAACCUGCUCAGACAGGAAGCCAGCGAAGACGCGGACUAUCGGCUUGUUCUUCAUUGCCUUGAGGUGUUGUCUAGCGCUGGGAUCAUACCGGGCUCGGGGGAUGCGGGAGCCUGGGCAUCACAACAUCCAGCCAGCAUUGCGAAGUUUCUCUCGAGAGCAGUCGAAGGAUGGCCGUUGAGUCGAGGCGAGACGCAGGACGCCGCGCUGAAAUUGGCAAUUAAUACGACCAACACCGAGCACGGGGCACGGUUCUUCGAUGACAGCAAGUUAUUGUCGAAGCUGGCGGAGCGGGUCGUGGUAGGCAUCGUCCAGGCACAGCAGGCUGUCGGCAGCGGCCUUCUGGAGAAUGAUUUGUUCGACGGCCUUCUACUGAUUCUGGGCUUGAUGAUCAACAUUGUGGAACACUGCCCUUCGGCCCGGGCGUCAGUGGAGGACAAGUCGCUGGACGAUCUGGUGCAGGUUUGGCGUGAGAACCAGCGGGUCAUACGCGAGGCCGACUCGGUCGACAAGUCAAAGCUCGGCGUCGCUGUUGAGUAUCUAUCGGUCUUCCUGGGCUACCUCUGCCUGAGCAAGCGGGGUCGGGAGAAAAUGGGAGGCGGCGAUGGGAUACGGAGCCUCAUUGGGUCGAUUCGGGAUUUCGCAGCCCUGCACAAGGCCAUCGACGGUAAAUCACACGAGCUGGAGGUCCUUGUGACAGACCUGCGAAGGCUGGCCCACUCCGGGUAG